AUCGAACAAUGAGCUAUUCGGAUAAACAUAAAAGAAACACUUCUCCUGUGUUGCGAACAACUAGUGAAGAUAGAAUUAAAUAAAAUUCAUGUAAGGAAAGUAUAUAACUGGAUUAGUAAAUAGAAAAAGUAUAAAAUCAUUUGUGAUUAGAUCUAAUAGUAUUUAAGCAGAAAAUACGACGAUAGAAUUAAAUUUGUUGAAGAAACACUCUCAGAGCAUGAGGAUAAGUUUGAAAGCUUUAUCAAAUUAAUCAAAUUGCUUUAACAUUUUGCUACAACACAGGAAUAAGAAAAUAAAAAUAUCAGAAAUCAUAUUAAUAUCUCGAUGGAAUAGUUAUAUAAUGAAGAACUCAAUUAGUUAAAAGACUAAAAUCUCAAUAUUGAAUAAUAAAUUUUAGAAAUUUAGAGAUCUAUUGGAGAAGAAUAACCCUAAAUUUAGGAAUUUGAAACUAUACUUAAUAAAAAAAUAGAUGUUAUCAUGGAUGAAGUGAGACAGAGUGCCUUAAAAACAGACUUUUAAAAAAUAGAAUAAAGAUUAUAAAGAUUGGAACACAAUUUGAAAUAGGAUGUAUAUUAAAAGAGUUGUGACUCAGACAGAGUCUUAAAUAAUAGUUAAGUAUACCAAAAUUAAUUAAAUGAUCUGAAGAUCGUCUUAGAUAGUGUCAUAUAAGAUUAAGAAUUAACAAAAAAUCAUUUGAAAUAAAUUGAGAAUGGUUUAUAUUCAAUUAAAUAAAAGGAAAAGUAAUCACAUUUUAGAACGUCAAUAACUAAAGAGACUUAAAAUACAGAAACUAAUGUUAUGGCGAGUAGACCAAUAAGAGAUUCAAAAGAAAAAAUAAAAAAUAAGGAUAAUAAGAGGAAUAAGAGCAAAUCUAGUCAAAGUAGAAGUGAAUCUCGAAAUGCUAGGCUAGAAACAAUUAAAAAAAAAAAAUAAGAAAGUGUUAAGGAUCUAAUUAAGAGACACAAAUAAUAAUCAAAUAAAUAAAAUUGA